AUGGCGGAAAUGCAAAAUUCCAAUCCUACGAUCCUGAACGUGGCAGAUCUUCCCACCAGGAAUAGGGCCGCACAAAAGACGAGAGACAGCAUUCCUGAGAUUUUCGCAGCAACUCCAGACCUUGUCGACUUCCUCUCGUCGGACUCCGAGGAUGAUGACCUGUUGGAGGAGCCCAUUGAUGAACAGGAAAUCUAUGACCUGAUCAAAUACAUAUCUGACCCCGAACAUCCCAUCUCCCUCGGAGAGUUGGCCGUCGUCUCUCUUCCUGAUAUUUCCAUCAAACCAACUCUCCCAGAUGUCAUUGGCUCUCCUCUUCAGACUGUGACUGUUCUGAUCACCCCAACCAUCACCCACUGUAGCCUUGCUACCGUCAUUGGCCUUGGUGUACGCGUACGAUUGGAGCAGUCUCUGCCUCCUCGCUUUAGAGUCGAUGUACGCAUCAAGGAAGGCACACAUAGCACGGGAGAUGAAGUCAAUAAGCAGUUGGGGGAUAAAGAGAGAGUCGCCGCCGCUCUUGAGAAUGGCGCGCUGAUGCAGGUCAUCGCUAAAAUGAUGGAAACCUGCCGGUGA